AUGGUGAGGCACUUUAUGAGGCUUGAUAUUGACAACGAUCUGCUGACGGCAAUGGUAGAGCGAUGGCGCCCUGAGCUGCAUACCUUCCACUUUCCCGAGGGUGAAAUGACGAUCACCCUCAAAGAUGUUGCCAUCCUCACCGGGCUCCCGAUCACCGGAGAUGCCAUCAUCGACAACUCGAGAAAACCAGAAGAUGGUUGGGGGCUAUUGAUUCAACAACGUUUGGGGUUCAACAUGCCGACCACCACGCCCGUCGAAGGUCAGGGGCAUCCACCACUGAAUGCGGGGCAAGUAUCGAUCCCGUGGCUUGUUGACCACAUCCAGUUGGAGGUUAAUAUAGGCCCGGAUAUUCCUGAAGAUCAGGUGGAGCGGUAUGCACGUGUCUACCUAAUUGGCUUGGUUGGUGGGUUUCUGUUCCCCGACAAGUCAAAUAAGUGGAUACAAGGCAUGUGGUUUCCUAUGCUCCUCGGUGACUGGGACGAGAUCGGAAAAAAAAGUUGGGGGUCGGCCGUCUUGGAUGGGAUCUACCGAGAGUUGUGUACUUGCUCGAGGUUGGGAGCGAAACAAGCUGGUGGUGCGAUGUUCAUACUCCAGCUCUGGGCAUGGGAGCAUCUUCCGUUUCUCGCACCUCGAGACCCUCGGGAAUUCUGGUUGCCAGAUGAUGAGCUACGAUUUGUAGCAAAUCCCUCAUAUGGUUUCAAGUAA